UUCUCCCAGCCGAGACCAAGAUGGUGCUGCUCGGGAACCUCACGGCAAGUCCGGCGGCCGCCGUCAUCCGGCAGGCGCAGCGCGCAGACGGCCCUGCGUCCGUGCUCGCCAUCGGCACGGCCAACCCGGCCAACUGCGUGCUGCAGCAAGAGUACGCCGACUACUACUUCCGGGUCAUCAACGCAGAGCACGACACCAAGCUCAAAUCCAAGCUUCACAGAAUCUGUAAAAGCUCGGCCAUCAAGAAGCGUUACUUCUACCACACCGACGAGAUGCUGCGAGACCAUCCUGAGCUCAUAGACCGGACAUUGCCAUCCCUGGACACCCGGAUGGGCAUAGCCACCACCGCCGUUCCCGAGCUCGCGGCAGCUGCCGCGACCAAGGCUAUGGCGGAGUGGGGGCGCCCGGCCACCGACGUGACCCACCUCAUCGUCGGCACCUACUGCGGCGCGCACAUGCCGGGCGCCGACGUCCGGCUGGCUUCCCUCCUCGGCCUCGCCCCCUCCGUCCGCCGCACCAUGCUCUACCUCAACGGCUGCAACAGCGGCGCCACCGCGCUCCGGGUCGCCAAGGACAUCGCCGAGAACAACCGCGGCGCGCGCGUCCUCGUGGUCUGCGCCGAGCUCACUCUCAUCCAGCUCCGCGCCCCCGAGGACGAGGCCGACAAGGCCACGCUCAUCAUGCAGGCCCUGUUCGGUGACGGAGCGGCCGCCGUGAUCGUCGGCGCAGACGUGAACCGCGGCUCUGUCGAGUGCCCGCUCUUCGAGAUGGUGGCCGCGUCGCAGGCCGUGAUACCGGAGUCUGAGCGCGCCGCGGCCGGACGGCUCGGCGAAGACGGGCUCCUCUUCCGCCCCGCCGUUGAGAUGACAACGCUGAUUCGCGAGAACGUCGAGCAGUGCCUGGUAGAGGCGCUGGCGCCGCUCGGCCUGAGCGGUGGCUGGAACCGUCUCUUCUGGGCGGUGCAUCCAGGGGGGCGAGCAAUCUUGCACGGCGUGGAGGCGGUGCUCCGGCUGGACUCCGAGAAGCUGGCGGCAAGCCGCCAUGUGCUGAGCGAGUACGGGAACAUGUCUGGGCCGACGGUGAUCUUUGUGCUCGACGAGAUACGGCGACGCCGCGGAGAGCUUGGGGUUGGACGUGACGGCCUGGGUGUGCUACUGGGGCUCGGACCAGGAAUUUCCGUUGAGACCAUAGUGCAGCACGCCACCGGUAAUUACUAGAACGAAUUUACUAGCGCUCGUAAAUUACCUCGUAGAAAUAAGUUUAUGC